CUGCCGCAGCUGCUCCGUCUGCUCAGAGUCUGCCGCACAGUGGCAUCACCCUCAUGCCCCAGGCUGCUUCUCCCACAGCCUCAGUUCUGCCCAGCACACCUGCAAGUCCUGUGGCUGCCUCAACAGCUCGUGGACCAGCUAUUCUGAAAGUUGCAGCCCCUCAGUCAGGCACCGGGACGUCAAUUGUCACUGUGCGACAGGCCACCCAGGCCGGAAAGUCCCCAGUCACUGUGACAUCACUUCCUGCGGGUGUUCGCAUGGUAGUGCCAACACAGACCACUCAAGGAUCGCCCAGCAGCCCCCAGAUGAGUGGAAUGGCAGCUUUGGCUGCAGCUGCUGCAGCCACUCAGAAAAUCCCUCCUUCCCCUGGAGCCACUGUUCUCAAUGUGCCGGCUGGGGCCACAAUUGUUAAAACGGUGGCUGUGACGCCUGGGUCCACCACAGUUAGAGUGGCAUCACCUGUCAUG